UAUGACGAUAACCAGAAAAUGAGUCGCAUGAAACAGGGAAGUAAAUGAAAACGUAAAUGGAAGAGCCAAAUUUAAAAUUAUUGUAUGUCGAUACUCAGAAAUGGAUUUAGAUGAAUAUCUGUUAGAGGAAGAUCUCUACUGUUGUGUAUAUAAGAAGAUGUUCAGAUGAUAUUCUUCACACAUCAAUCUCUCAUCCAUCUCUGAGAUCUUGAAGCUCAACACAACUUCUCCAGGAUUCAUUUCUUCACAUCAUCUAAAACAAUGAGACAUCUGAUGGCUUUGAUGUUUCUGGUGAUCUUCUGCUCUCUGCAGUUGACUACAAGCGCUCCAAUUGCCUCUGAUGUGGCCAAAUCAACAUGCUGUGCUAAGUUCAGCAAUGCACAGAUUCCUCUGAAACUGGUGAAGUCGUACUAUUGGACCGCCAGCAGCUGCUCCAAACCAGCCAUUGUGUUUCUGACUAAAAAAAGGAAGAUCUGUGUAGAUCCAGAAACCAGCUGGGUGAGCGGUCACAUCAAUGAAGUGGACAACAGAACAACAAAGACCCAAAACAAGACAGUCUGAAGAAUUGAUUUAUGUGUUUUAAUAUUUAAACUCAACAUCUGACUCUG